GGGAGCCGGAGGAGAGCGUCCGUUGCGUCAUCACAUGGAACGUUCCAUUACGUGUCCUCACGCAGGGGGGAACCGGUGACGCUCCAUGUUGUUGUUGCCGGCGGAGAAGCGGUGACUGGUCUCCGUCACGACGUUUCCCGGGAAGCUGAUAACACACCGGGGGCGGCUGGGAGAGCAGCGGGGCCUGUGUGCAAACUGUGUGUGACCAUAGGGGGGGUCGCCGUAUCCGGCUCCCCCCGCCCGCAGGGUGGUGCGUCCCCGGUACAGCCGCUUACCACCGCACCGAUAAUAACAUAAACAAGCGGCGGCUGUCACUGUGACGGUGGCGCCCGGGGAGUGCACGGAGGAGGAGGCCCGAGCGGAGAGACCGGUGACCGGCGGAGAGGCCGCCCCAGUCCCGCAUUGGCGGGGGCCGGACCGGCCCGGGCCGAGGAGCUGCUCCUGCUGCUGUCUGAGGAAGAGGAGGCCCCGGGGCCCCCCCGCCCCGCCACCCCGGGCCCCGCUCCCUCCUCGCAGCCCGCGGACAUGGAGCAAUGUGUGACGGUGGAGCGGGAGCUGGAGAAGGUGCUGCAGAAGUUCGGGGGGUACGGGCAGCACUGCGAGCGGAGCCUGGAGGAGCUGAUCGAGUACACGGGGGGGCUGAGGAGGGAGAUCCUGCAGGCGGCCGUUGAUCAAGAUGGACAGCUAUCCGGAACGUUAUCCCUGGUCCUAACGCAGUGCUGUAAGCGGAUAAAGGACACUGUACAGAAGCUGGCCUCUGACCACAAAGACAUCCAUAGCAGCGUGUCCAGGGUGGGAAAGGCCAUAGAUAAGAACUUCGAUGCGGACAUCAGCAGUGUGGGGAUCGAUGGCUGCUGGCAGGCGGACAGCCAGCGCAUGCUCAACGAGGUGAUGGUCGAGCACUUCUUCAGGCAAGGCAUGCUGGAUGUGGCCGAGGAACUGUGCCAGGAAGCCGGUCUCUCUAUAGACACAAGCCAAAAAGAACCAUUUGUGGAACUUAACCGAAUAUUAGAGGCAUUAAAAGUGCGAGUUCUGCGACCAGCCUUAGAGUGGGCGGUGUCGAACAGGGAAAUGCUGAUGGCACAGAACAGCUCAUUGGAGUUCAAGCUACACAGGUUGUACUUCAUUAGCUUACUGAUGGGCGGAGCGGCCAACCAGAGCGAGGCGCUGCAGUACGCCAAAAACUUCCAGCCUUUUGCUGUAAAUCAUCAGAAAGACAUUCAGGUACUUAUGGGAAGUCUUGUGUACCUGCGGCAGGGUAUAGAAAACUCUCCCUACGUUCAUCUGCUGGAUGCCAACCAGUGGGCGGACAUCUGCGACAUCUUCACCCGGGACGCCUGCUCUCUACUGGGUCUCUCUGUGGAGUCUCCUCUCAGUGUUAGCUUUUCCGCUGGCUGUGUGGCCCUUCCAGCCCUAAUUAAUAUAAAAGCAGUAAUUGAACAACGGCAGUGUACCGGGGUAUGGAAUCAGAAGGAUGAGUUACCGAUUGAAGUGGACCUUGGUAAAAAAUGCUGGUAUCAUUCAAUAUUCGCCUGCCCGAUCCUUCGCCAGCAAACCACAGACAAUAACCCUCCCAUGAAGUUGGUUUGUGGGCAUAUAAUAUCCAGAGAUGCGCUAAAUAAAAUGUUGAUGGCUAUAUGGCUUGCUCAUCUAAAGCGCACAACUUGUGAACCGGUCACCUACAUCCAGCUGGGGCCGCUGUAUUUUGGCUAUAAAUGUUUUCUUGAACCUUUUUGCAGAUUAAAAUGCCCGUAUUGUCCUAUGGAGCAGAGUCCGGGAGAUGCCAAGCAAAUCUUCUUCUGAAUACGUUGGCUGGUUCUGUGACAUUCUGAGGCCUCGCUGGGUUUUUAGUGCAUCUGAAGAUAGCUGGGAAGAGUGUUUUUUUUUGUUUCAUUUUUCUUUUCCCAUAUUCCUAUUGAAUACAGAAGACUAAGCUCUGAGCUUGGUAGAGCCAGCUCCAAAGAGACACUACCAGCCAGUAUAAUCCUGACCAUAAAACAAAUCCGUCGCCAGGGUUGAAGUUGUGCGUCCCAAGGACUAUCCAGUAACUUAUUCUGUGUGUCUGACCGCGCACCAGCACCGGUCAAACAAUGCAGGUUUUUGUACUAACAAAGCAAGAGAUGAUGUGUACUUUUUAUUGUCACAUCCCAUGCCCCUCCCCCCAUCAUAUUAUUAUUCUACCCUCAUCAUCUGAUUGCUAAAUGUUAAUACUGAGCAAUGUCGUGAGUUCUAUUCCCUUGUAUGGUGUAUAUAACGAAGCCGUUCUACAGAGGUGUCCGGUAAAGACUCAGUCGAUAGAAAGUGUAUUUUUUGCUAAGAGAAAUUGCUGUAAUAUCGCAAGGGUUUCCUUUGAAAGAUUUUGUCCCCCACCCUGCUGUCCUCAGUACAAGAGACAUGUAAAUAAACAAACCCCAUGUCUAUAAUUUAAAUAAGAGUGAGGAGCUAUUUGCUGCUAGAAUAUAAUGGGGAGUUAUAUUGUGCUUUUAUUAAAUAAGAAAUGUUUGUGUGAUCAGAAUAUUCAAUAAAAAAAUAAAAUUGAAAUA